AUUCAUUUUGCCCACAGCCUAACGAGCAGCUGGGAUCCCAUUGGCCGCCACAGGGAACUAUAAACCCUAAGCCUCCUUGCAAUGAGGUGCACGAAUUUUAAGACGGCGAUUCCGAAGAAUAUCCAGAUAGCGUCGCUCGGAAUCAUCUAUUGUGUUGCUUGCAUAGUUUGCGCCCUAGUCCUUCUUCAGCGUAUCCGGCGUCGACGGCUCAGGUACGCAUCAGCAGAGAGGCAAAUGGAUCCGCUAUCAUCUUCGCUAGAGAAGGGAGGUGGCGACGGACCAAGCAGUCCAGUGGGCCAAGGCUACGGCGUUGCCUACCUGCAAUAUCCAAUCUCCCACCACGCUAGCUCAUUCCCUUCAGCUUGCGACGUUCUGCAGCCCUUGUCGCACUUGUCUCAAUUGCCAUCAAGUGGUUAUCUGGCGGCGGUCCUAACUCGAGAGCGGAGCUCGUGGACGCCGCAACACUCGUAUUCCGGCGAUGAGCUUGCUCUACCAGCCCCCGGGAACGCCGAUAUGAACGGAAUUUUCAAUUCCUCCACCUGUCAAAAUGAUCUCGGUGGCUUGCCUUCGGAGCGAUUGAAUGGUGGCAGCAUGGCCCCGAACGCUCCACCACGGACGGGUUCAUCCCCGGUUGGGUGGCGUACCGAAAGCCACAGCCAGGAACCGCCGCUCAAUGUUGCGGAGUCUAGCGGAACUCAACCGACGCGGAAAUCCGAGCACGCAGUCCAAUACAUGCGCGAUGCAGACGAGGAGGGAGUGCGGACCUGGAAACGGGUGGUGGUGGAGUACAGUUGAUUUCUUGAUGAUGUGUGUGGUCUUUGUCGCUUACUUGCCUGGAUUUGCUUCUGAGGGGCCUUCUCCUUCUUCUUCGUCAUGCUUCGGUUAUUCUUCAUUUCGAGAUGGAUACUAUUCUC